CGAGGAGUAUAACUUCCGGAAGACACCUUCUGAUAAAGUGUCCUCUAGUAAACUCAAUAAACUUCAUUACUGUGGUUAGGGUUAGUGAGUCAGUCCGGUACACAGCAGAGUGAGCACUGGGUCCAGGACUCAGUAGAGUGAGCACCGGGUCCAGGACUCAGCAGAGUGAGCACCGGGUCCAAGACUCAGUAGAGUCCACUCAGGAGAGCAGAUGGACAGUCAGAAUCUAUGCGUCGGGAAGGUGGCUGCUGUCUUUGCGCUUGGAGCAGGCGCGUCGCUUUUCUUCCGAGGACGCAGAGACCUGCUUGACCUCACAGGGGAUGAGAACCCGGGGACCUGGAGAGAAACCGGGUCUCUGUCCCGGGCACUGCUCUGCCUCAUCACUGGAGUCUGCCUCCUCUUCCUCGGCUGGCUUUACAGACUUCUCUUCAGUCCUCUGGAGAUACUGAAAGCCCCGGAUGAUGUGGGUUACAUCGCUGAGGGGGGUCGAUCCAAAGCCCAGGCUGCCAACGAGAUCCGCCGCAGGAGGAAGGUUGGAGACCUGCCCCCUGUUUAUCCGAACGGCUGGUUCCGAAUUCUGGACUCACACCUGCUGCAGAGGGGGGAGGUCAGGAACGUCUCUGUCGUAGGUGAACAAGUGGCGGUGUUUCGGGGCCAAGAUGGGAAGGCCUACGUGUUAGAUGCCUACUGCCCUCACCUGGGCGCCAACCUGGCCGUGGGAGGACGAGUGGUGGGGAGCUGCAUAGAGUGCCCGUUUCAUGGAUGGCAGUUUGAGGGGAACAAUGGCAAGUGUGUGAAGAUCCCCUACACAGAGAAAGUGCCUGAGUUUGCCAAAGUGCGCAGCUGGCCCUGCUGCGAGGUCAACGGCCAGAUCCUGAUUUGGUUUCACUGCGAUGGAGAAGAGCCUCAGUGGACCGUCCCCGAGCUGCAGGAAAUUAAAAAGGGGGAGUGGGUCUAUCGGGGAAGAACGGAACAUUUCAUUAAUGCUCACAUACAGGAGAUUCCUGAAAAUGCUGCCGACAUAGCUCACCUAAAUCACCUGCACACACCUGGUAUCGUGAGCGGGGUAGAUCUGCGUUACACCAACAGCAAAACCUGGGAAUUUUUACGACAUGACUGGAAGGCCCAGUGGGAACCAGAGUCAGAGCCAAACAAGCAUUGUUCUAAGAUGUUGCUGAAACAUGGGAUCACUGUGUUUGGACGCCACUGCUCUCUGCUGGAUGUGGAUGUUGUUGCCAGACAGGUGGGUCCAGGAGUGGUGUUCCUGCACUUUGAGCACAGUUUCCUUGGUCGGGGAGUCAUCCUGCACUGUGUGACUCCAGUGGAGCCUCUGCUGCAGUGCGUCUCUCACAUCGUCUUCUAUCAGUCCAACAUCCCGCCUGUCGUGCCGAAGUUCAUCCUCAGGGCAGAGUGCACCCAGUUUGAGCGAGACGUGAUGAUCUGGAACAAUAAGAAGUACAUCUCCAAGCCUCUCCUGGUGAAGGAGGACUCAGCCAUCCAGAAACACAGGCGCUGGUUCAGUCAGUUUUACAGUGGGAACAGCCCGCGGCUGCAGCACCAGCGUGACACUUUGGACUUCUGACCUCGCUGAAAUACUACAGGAGGAGAGAUCAGCAGAGAAGAUGUCAGGUUAGGGCUGACGUUAAUCACAGUCUCCGGAUUGAUUUUUAUCCCUCACACAUGAUUCAUUCACAGAAGAGAGGACUCCUGAUUAGGAUGGGGAUGGGUGCCCUUUUCAAGGCCUUACCUUCAUUUUCGUAUUCUUUGUCUUAUGGAUAAAAUGACUUUGCUGCUUUCUAUACGUUAGUGCCUCCGGCUGUCAUGUCAGCAGGUUUUAUUGGAAACACUGAGUGUCUUAAUUCAGCCCUGAACUUUGAGAUUUGGUCUGAAAUGUAAAGCAAACACUAGGACACUGCAACUUCACUGAUAUAUACCAACAUAGAUUUUCAAAGGCAUUCAGCUCUGUUGUCACAUAUAUACACUGUGAUUCUUAUAUAAGCGGAGGCAGUCUCGAGCUUGAGUUUCUGUCGGAGCUGGUUUAGUUUUCUGUCUGUUUGAUUUGGGUUCAUAUAAAUCACCUGGCUCUACUUUGAGUUCAGUUAAAGGUCAUCUUCUCACAAUCUUACGUGCUGGUGUCGACUGCUUUUACACUUCUGUUUUAGGAAAUAUAUAUCUGAUCUUCCGUAGCACAAGUUUACAUUUUUGGCGUGUAAUCAUCUUUGGUGACCGACAAUGUUUUCUUCAGAGUAAUAUUUUAGGACACUUUAUACAACGGGUAGUGAAUUUCAAGUCACAGGAAUGUGCAAUAGCAGCUUUAAGGACUAAGUCACCUUUAUGUUUAUGUUUAUCUUAUAUGACUCCUAUGACGGCAGAGAAGCAACAUGUAUACCCUGAUUCUUUUAAAACCUCACAAAGAAGGGACAGUAAAUGAUCAAAACAGGACAUUAAAGGUCCUGUGAGGAACUUCUGGUUUGUGUUGAUUUUGGCGCCCCCUGUGGACAGAGCAGUAGGGGAGAACGGGGUUGAUUGUCACACUUUUUACUG